GCGUGGGCCCAGGGCAGCGCGCGGCGGGAGCACGAGGGCGCCGCGGACGCCCUGUGCCGCCUGCUGGACGGGCUGCCCCUGCCGCCUCUGCUGCGCACAACCAAGACCAUGGUCGCGUCCACGGGCGAGAAGCUGCGCGGCACGAUCCUCGCCGCCAGGGAGGAGGCCGCGCGCUUGCAGCUGCAGGGCACCUUGCAGCGCGGCCGCUCGCCGCAGGGCCAG